AUGAUCCGCAACAGCGCACAGGUCGAGCGCGGCUCGUCAGCUCAGCUGACGGGCGACGGCAGCUGGAGAAGUGUCACGUGGAGCCGACCAGCGCCCGCCACGCCGGCUGCCGUGACUUUCCCGCGCCAGAAGAAAGCGCUCGCCUCGUCUCUGCGACUGGACCGGGAGACUGCAGCCAGCACAGGCCUCAGCACAGCCGGCAAGUGCACAGUGGGACAGCCAGGUCACGACAGAGCUCAGGACACCAGUGGCAGCUCUCAGACAGGCCUCAGCACAGCCGGCAAGUGCACAGUGGGACAGCCAGGUCACGACAGAGCUCAGGACACCAGAGGCCGCUCUCAGACAGGCCUCAGCACAGCCGGCAAGUGCACAGUGGGACAGCCAGGUCACGACAGAGCUCAGGACACCAGUGGCCGCUCUCAGACAGGCCUCAGCACAGCCGGCAAGUGCACAGUGGGACAGCCAGGUCACGACAGAGCUCAGGACACCAGUGGCCGCUCUCAGACAGGCCUCAGCACAGCCAGCAAGUGCACAGUGGGACAGCGAGGUCACGACAGAGCUCAGGACACCAGUGGCCGCUCUCAGACAGGCCUCAGCACAGCCGGCAAGUGCACAGUGGGACAGCGAGUUCACGACAGAGCUCAGGACACCAGUGACAGCUCUCAGACAGGCCUCAGCACAGCCGGCAAGUGCACAGUGGGACAGCCAGGUCACGACAGAGCUCAGGACACCAGUGGCCACUCUCAGACAGGCCUCAGCACAGCCGGCAAGUGCACAGUGGGACAGCCAGGUCACGACAGAGCUCAGGACACCAGUGGCCGCUCUCAGACAGGCCUCAGCACAGCCGGCAAGUGCACAGUGGGACAGCGAGGUCACGACAGAGCUCAGGACACCAGUGGCCGCUCUCAGACAGGCCUCAGCACAGCCGGCAAGUGCACAGUGGGACAGCCAGGUCACGACAGAGCUCAGGACACCAGUGGCCGCUCUCAGACAGGCCUCAGCACAGCCGGCAAGUGCACAGUGGGACAGCGAGGUCACGACAGAGCUCAGGACACCAGUGGCCGCUCUCAGACAGGCCUCAGCACAGCCGGCAAGUGCACAGUGGGACAGCCAGGUCACGACAGAGCUCAGGACACCAGUGGCCGCUCUCAGACAGGCCUCAGCACAGCCGGCAAGUGCACAGUGGGACAGCCAGGUCACGACAGAGCUCAGGACACCAGUGGCCGCUCUCAGACAGGCCUCAGCACAGCCGGCAAGUGCACAGUGGGACAGCCAGGUCAGGACAGAGCUCAGGACACCAGUGGCCGCUCUCAGACAGGCCUCAGCACAGCCGGCAAGUGCACAGUGGGACAGCGAGUUCACGACAGAGCUCAGGACACCAGUGACAGCUCUCAGACAGGCCUCAGCACAGCCGGCAAGUGCACAGUGGGACAGCGAGGUCACGACAGAGCUCAGGACACCAGUGGCCGCUCUCAGACAGGCCUCAGCACAGCCGGCAAGUGCACAGUGGGACAGCCAGGUCACGACAGAGCUCAGGACACCAGUGGCCGCUCUCAGACAGGCCUCAGCACAGCCGGCAAGUGCACAUUGGAACAGCCAGGUCACGACAGAGCCCAGGACACCAGUGGCCGCUCUCAGACAGGCCUCAGCACAGCCGGCAAGUGCACAGUGGGACAGCGAGGUCACGACAGAGCUCAGGACACCAGUGGCCGCUCUCAGACAGGCCUCAGCACAGCCGGCAAGUGCACAGUGGGACAGCCAGGUCACGACAGAGCUCAGGACACCAGUGGCCGCUCUCAGACAGGCCUCAGCACAGCCGGCAAGUGCACAGUGGGACAGCCAGGUCACGACAGUGCUCAGGACACCAGUGGCAGCUCUCAGACAGGCCUCAGCACAGCCGGCAAGUGCACAGUGGGACAGCCAGGUCACGACAGAGCUCAGGACACCAGUGACAGCUCUCAGACAGGCCUCAGCACAGCCGGCAAGUGCACAGUGGGACAGCCAGGUCACGACAGAGCUCAGGACACCAGUGCAGCUCUCAGACAGGCCUCAGCACAGCCGGCAAGUGCACAGUGGGACAGCCAGGUCACGACAGAGCUCAGGACACCAGUGGCCGCUCUCAGACAGGCCUCAGCACAGCCGGCAAGUGCACAGUGUGACAGCUAG